GGCUGAGAGGUCAAGAGUAGGCUGAACCCGCCCACACACACCCAUCGUUCCUCACCAACCCCUCCACUCGUCUACCACCUCACGAUCAUGGGCAGGUCACGGGUGGAAGGCCUCAUCCCCUUCAUCUACAAGGCCAUCAAGGACCACCGCCGGAGCAGCAGCCGGGCCGCCUACCGGGGCGCGGAGGCGGAGGACGACGUGGACCUCGGCGACACGGACCAGAGGCGGCGCUGGCUGGAGCAGGAGCUGCGGUCACCGCUCAACGCCGCCGCCGCCCCGGCGUCGGCACAGGGGCACGGGCGGAACCGGUCGCUGGAGGAGCUGGCCGGCCAGGUGGGGCUCUCGCCGGGACGGCGGCUGCCGCUGCCCAAGGCCAGGAGCGUCCGCGCCUUCGCCUGCAUCGGCGCCGGCGCCGCGUGACCGCCGAACACGUACGUGCGUGCUUACGCGUACGCGUAGCCGUAGUCCGGUAGAUGCGUGCUUUCGAUUCAUGCUUUGUGUGUCAAGUGCAGCAGUAGUACAAGUUUUGGUUGAAGCUGUGCAUACUAAGGAUGGCAAUGGAUAGGGUAUGGGGCGGGUAGAGCAAUACCAUACCCAUACCCGUGUAGUCAAUGGGUACAAAAUUCUAUCCAUACUCGUACCUGUGGGUAUGAUACUUUACCCGUACCCUUAUCCGACGGGUACCCAAACCCAUUAGGUACCCAAUGGGUAGAUCAAUUAGUACACAAGUUAUUCACAAUUUUACAUUCAUCUAUACCACAUUUGAUAAAUAAAAAAUUAAUCUCAACUAAAUAACAAAUAGCCGAGUACAUGAAAAUUAUCUCAAUUUAUAUUGACAAUUAGUAAAAACUUAAACAUAGGUCCAUAGACUCACAACAGAACUUUAACAUAGGUACACUUGUGAUUGUGAAUCACGGGUAAGAUUCACAUGUCGGUAUUAAAUGGGUAGCGUAUGGGUAUAUCCAUGGGUAAAAGGCUAUACCCGUGCCCUACCCAUGAAUUAACGGGUAGGGUAUAGGUACUAACCGUGGGUAUAAAAUUAUGCCCAUACCCUGCCCAUGCGAGUACGGUACCCGCGGGUACCCAUACCCAUGGGUAAAAUUGCCAUCCUUAGUGCAUACGAGUGAUUCAGUUCUAUUUCUACAUGACAGGAGUUGGAGAUUGUAAACCAACAGAUACUUCUGGUUUCAAUUUUGUUUCACAAGUCCUUGUGUUAUUCUUA